CGUGUAGGCCUAUCCUAUUAUUAGUCAACUCAGCGUUAUCAAGCGUUUACAAGCCACCCUGAGAAAUUGUGACCGAUGCUUUUCAGCAGAUACCGUUUAGGUUUUUGACACUGAUUGGGAACUCAUGCUAAAAACACAGGCCUAAAGAAGAUCUCCCAUUAUUGUGUGGGGACAUGCAUUAGGUACGCCACACGCUGAGCGAUAACAAUGCACUGUGUCUGAAUAGGCCUACUAAGCCUCGGGCAUCUCUCACUCAACGACACGAAUGAGCUCGAUUUCGAUUCAGCGACAUUCAGCGUUCCGUUCCGCGCAAAGUUCAGACAGGAAGUUGGAGAAUGUUUUGAAAUUUUCAUUAUCUCCCCUCAUUCAAUAUGGCGGCCCCCAUUAUAAUGUUGGUAAUGUAAACGAAGUUACUUUCUUACCCAGACGACACGUACGUCGUCAUGAGUCAGCUCUUGAAGAUAUAUCUGUUUCAUUUGUUCUUACCUGCAUGUUUCGAUUUGAAUACAAAACUUCGAACCUACAUGAUAUGAAGCAGGCUGAGAAAAUGCGUCGCUACAGUGGGUUGGCCUUUCAUCCCUUUCGGGUCACUCCCCCAAACAGCAAAAACAGUGAGGGAUUGCCAACUAAGGUGUGAGCAGAGGCACAUAUGUCAGGAUGGAUGAUUUUAUGUUCUCCCUACUCAUAAUGUUAAGUUUACUCAGUGUUGCAGCAUACCUGCUGUCUUUGUACAGAAAGUAUCGUUUGAGACAUUAUUCUGUGCCAGUUCGAGAUCCUACCAAGGGUCAUAGGUUUUACAUGGUAGACAUGUUCACUGCCAUGACUUAUUGUAAUGUCGAAGAAUGUCGCCUGAUCCAUGGAGCUCAGUGUGACACCUGUGGUAUCUGUGUUGACGAUCAUAACAUGAAAACAGCGAACAAAAAAAUAUCGUGCAAAGUAGCUUCUAGUAAAAAUUCAGUGAUGACCCACCAUUGGGUAAGAGGCAAUUUACCUGCCUGCAGUGAAUGUGCUGUCUGUGAAGAGGAGUGUGGAGUAGUGCUGGCCCUCAUUGACCUGCGUUGUGCUUGGUGCAAACGGACUGUGCAUGAUGACUGUGCACCAAAAACAGUUACAUGUGACCUGGGCACAUACCAGAAUUUUAUUGUUCCACCUAACUGUAUUGAAGUGAAAUGGGUUGGUGUUAAAGGCACAAGGCAAAGACAUCAAAUUGUUAAAAAUGUCUGCCGGCCAAAGAUUGAAAAGUGGACUCCUCUCAUUGUCAUAGCAAAUAGGAAAAGUGGGAGUAAUGAAGGAGAGCUGUUGCUAAGACACUUCAGAGACAUCUUAAACCCAGCUCAGGUUAUUGAUAUACAAGAUGUGUCACCUGAAAAUGCGUUAGAAUGGUGCAAUUUACUUCCUGAUGUCACAUUCCGACUCCUUGUCUGUGGUGGAGAUGGUACCAUUGGUUGGGUACUCACUGCCAUUGAAAAACUCAAACUUCAGAAUCCGCCAAGACUGUGCAUUCUUCCCCUUGGAACUGGAAAUGAUCUGUCUCGUGUGUUGGGUUGGGGAGAAGGUUACACGGGCGAUGUGGAUGUAAAGGAAAUUCUGAACAACGUUAUCAAAGCACAUGCUGUUCAGUUGGACAGGUGGACUGUGGACAUAAGGCAUGAAAAGCACUUUGGAUUUGCCAGGCCGUCAAAAACUUUCAUCAUGAACAAUUAUCUGUCUAUUGGUGUCGAUGCUCUUGUGACCUUGAAUUUUCACAAACAGAGAGAAAGCUGGCCGUCCCUUUUUGCACACAGGAUUAUCAAUAAGUUUUGUUAUUUCACCUAUGGGACCAAGGACGUGUUGGAGAGAGAGUGUAAGCACUUGGAAAAGAAACUCAAGGUGGAGCUGGACGGUCGUCAGAUCCUGCUGCCGGCCCUAGAGGGUGUAGUGGUUCUGAACAUUUCCAGCUGGGGAGGUGGCUGCCAGCCCUGGGGGGACGCCUCCGAGGAGGAAGGACUCUCACAGCCCUGCUACGAUGACGGUGUGUUGGAGGUGAUGGGACUUUUCUCCUCCUUCCACAUCGCCCAGCUGCAGAUAGGCCUGGCCACGCCCCUAAGACUCGGACAAGCCAAGACCGUCAAGAUCUCCCUCCAGGGCAGCAAUGCUCCGAUGCAGGUGGACGGCGAGCCGUGGGAGCAGCACCCGGCGGAGAUCUACGUCACACACAGAGGACAGGCCGCCAUGAUGGCUCUCGGGAUCGACGGGGCCGGCGCUGGUACUAGCGUCGGAUGAGCUGAGGCCUUGACGCUCAGAGAUAGUAUAAGAACGUAUAGUAUGAGGCUUAGGCCCUGCACACAUUAGGAACAUUCUACACAAUUCAAGGCUGCAGGUAUGCGAAUGAGGCAGUUUUUGUCUGCGUUGCUCUCUUUUCACCACCUAAUGACGUCAAGAGUUGUACUUCGCAGCAGUUCGACGAAUGGGAGCAUGACCUUAGUGUGUGUGACUCAAUGGUUGUUGAGUCCGCAAAACGUGGCUUUAGAAGCAGCAAAAAAACAACAACCAACACACACACACACACACCAAAAAACCGGGAGUACAAAGGAAGAACAUAACUGAUAAACGAUCAAAGUCACAUUUUCGGAAAAUGACAGUUUGAAAAUAUAAAUACCUUCAGGUUUUUUUUUCCUUUUGUGGUACCCAACCUUAGAAAGGGUUAAGGAGCCAGGACUGCGCAAGUUGCUCAGCUUCAGUGUUUGAGAUCAAACUUAAGAAACAGGACACAUGCUAUAGCGAUAAAUCAGUGAUGAUGAUGAUGAUGAUGAGGUUGAUGAUGAUGAUGAUGAUGAUGAUGAUGGUGAUUCAUCGAUCAUAUCAUACUUUUGCAUUAUUGUGAACAUCUCGCUUCUGCUUGCUCAGGCCUUUUGAGUUGAUGCUCACAGGACAUCAUGCUUGGAUUUCUUUUUUCGAUCAUGUUUUUGUGAUAGGCCGGGUACAGAUAUAACUUCUCGAACAUGUAACUAUUUUACCAAAUGGAGUUCUGUGUGUCUCCUUAAUCAACAUAGUCCGAAGGACAUGCCACUACAAUCUGGUGCUUAUUGAUUUUAAAUAGAUCGAAGUCGACAGUUUAUUCAAGUUGAACAUCCGUAGAAACUCGGUUUUAAGAUAAGGGAGGCAGAAAUUCCCAAAGUGUUCCUGCUCUCCACUGUCGUACAUUUUAUAAAAAAGCAACGACGUCGGAACAAUGAAAAAGUAUGUAAUUUGCAUUUUUUAAAAAUGUAACGACACGACCAAAGACCUAUUUAGCUAUUAUAACUAGCUCUAGUAAAUAUUACUCGCAUUCACAUUUUUUAUUUCAAUAUCACAGGGUCGGAAUGUAUUCCGUUCCUCUUAUUGUGUCAUAGGAAAAUAUAACUACACCUAUCAGUGUAAAAAAUCCUACAAAAUUAUGCACAUUUCUGUUUAAAGUCAAGUUAAUCAUUAAUUUGUCUUGCCUAUGCAUCUCAAGGGGUAGAUUCGUGUUGUUUUUUUGGUUUUUUGUUCUGUCAUAUUAAAGUACUUGCGGAGAACUUUCAUACCAUUCCAAAUGUACGUGUUACCCUUAUUUGUAAAUUAAUGAUAAUGUAUGAUGAAAAAGAGUAUACAGACUGUCUGUUGCUACAUUAUUCCCUGUUCUGAAUAGUGCCUGGAGGUCAAUUAAAAGCUCGGGCAUAGUAAUUACUGGUUUCUAUAUUCGCUCAGCUCGACAAGGGAAAUGCUUCCUGAUUCUUUACAAUCACAAAUAAAGCAGUGAGUUAAAUUGAAACUAUUCCUAAUCCCGCGCGCGCGCACACACACACACACACACACACACACACACACACACACACACACACACACAAACACGCGUCUGCUCUUUUUGGUAUGUUCUUGCACAGACACGUAUACUAUGAGAGAGAGGGAAAGAGAGUGAGAUUGAGAGAGAGAGAGAGGGAGACAGAGGAGAAGAAUGAGAGAGAGAGAGAGAGAG